AUGGAGUGCGAUGACAAGAAGGGAUACAUUUACUGCGCUCAUUGUAAUGACUUCGUAUCACGUUCAACUUUCGAAGCACAUGAGCGAAAACGUAACGAGACGAACUUAGCAGAUACUUUUAAGGCGACUUCAAAUUCCCAGGAUUUGUUUAACGAAAUUUCAAUUUCAUCUGAGGAUGAAGGUUAGUUACCUUGAAUAUAAAAGAGUGACACAUAUAUAUGUUAUAUGCUAUAUCUAUACAUCUUUAUCAUUGCAUGAGAACGUAACUGCUAUUCAACGUUGCUUGAGGCGAUAGACCUCUGCCAACUGAUUUUUUUCUUUUACACCAAUUCCAUACAGGAGCCACAGAUUUUAUUCAGGAAGAGCGUCUUGUAAUUGACGCAGAAGUAGAUAGCUCUUGAUAAAACGCUAAGCAAGUGAGAAAGGAAGAACGUGGAGUUUGUACAUUAACUUGUAUCAUUUAAAUUGUCAAACGGAAAAUAUUGGGCAUAUGGCAUAAACUGACCAAGAUGUUAAAAAAAAACAAGUUUGUAGUAAACAAACAGGGCACUUUUGCAAAAACUAUGUUACCAACUAAUGAUCUUUGUUUGUUGUCUGAUGUUGCCGUUAAUUUGUUUGUUUGUUUUUUUCGCUACCAUAACCCUUAAAAGUACUUUAUUGAGAGUUGAAACAUUCGUUAACGUUCUGAAAACUUCCUAUCUUUUAUAUAGCCGACGGACUUGCCUGAAUCCGAGGUAGCAUACUCUAACAGCGACAAUGAAUGUGGAGGUCUAAACAGUACCAAUGAUGGACACCGGAGCGACUGCUGCAGUUCAAGCUCUGACGGUGACGAAGAAGAAAUCUGGAAUGGUGUGCACCCUGAGAUAAUGUCGAGAGAUUUAGAAAACGCCCCGCCCCUUCCGGAAGCUCAAGGCCGCCAAAAUUCAUUAAUUUUUUGGUUCGUUUAUUUUCUGCUAAUCUGGUAG